AUGGGCUCAGUUCAACCCUGUGACUUCACCGGAGAUUAUUCCUCACCGGAGACUUGCGUGUUCGAGGAAGGAGAUCGUGUUCCGGACAAGACUAGUCUAGCUUCCAAGAGCUUUACUAUGAGCAAUUCGCCUCCAAAUUCUCGUCCAACAAGUACUGUGAGCUCUACCGGGUUCGUCCUCACGGCUGCUGAUCAUCAUUUCGAGCCCGAAGGAUCUUUGAUAAACUUCAGAACCGGGUAUGAUGCCUUCAUGGUUGGUAAUGGAUCUUUGCUUAGCUUCGGAGAGAGGGCUGGAUAUCCGAAAACAAGCAGUGAGUACUCGGGUUGGGAAGGUGAGUUUAAUCAAAGUUAUCAUUGGAAUCAGAUUAAUCCAAAGAGCAGCUCCGAUCUAAGAUUGGUGGACGAUUUCAAUUGUUUCGAAACUGCUGGAAAUUUGUACUCCGAAGCGAAAGAAAGCCAUGGAGAUCAUUGGUUAUAUUCCGAAGCCACCAUUGUCACUGCUGAUAGCAUCCAGGAGUCUGCAUCACCAGAAGUUGUGGCCUGCCUUAAACGUCCUCACAUGGAAGAGAGCAUGCAGGCUUUGAAGAAGCAAUGCAGUAGUAGUAGCACAAGUAGGAAAGCCAAGAUUAAGUCAUCUCCAUCAAAGGAUCCUCAGAGUAUUGCUGCCAAGAAUCGAAGAGAAAGGAUUAGCGAGCGACUUAAGAUACUUCAGGAACUUGUUCCUAAUGGCUCAAAGGUUGAUCUGGUCACCAUGCUAGAGAAGGCUAUUAGUUAUGUAAAAUUUCUUCAGUUGCAAGUGAAGGUAUUGGCAACUGAUGAAUUUUGGCCAGUCCAAGGAGGAAAAGCUCCUGAUAUUUCUCAGGUAAAGGAAGCCAUUGAUGCCAUUCUCUCAUCUCAGAAAGACAGGAAUUCAAGCUCAAAGUGA